AUGUAUUCUCAUAACGCCCACCCCGACGCCUUCGUGCAAGAACAACGCGGCCAAUACCCUCCUCAGUUUUGGUCUGCCAGGACACCAUCACAACAGUCGUCCACUCCAAACACUCUUCGUCCUCACCACGCUACGAGGCAACAUUAUGCGUAUGGCGUAGAGGAAGAAGACUCCAGCCCCCAGGAAACCAUCUCCCCGCCGCCCGACUUCGUCCCCCACGCACCCUCACCACCUUCACAGCAACCUCAACCAAGCACCUACCACCCGGAGCAGAACUUCCCUGCUCCAGUCGUCAUUGGCAGCAUGUUCAACACCCAGGACCCCUAUGUCUCACAGCCGGCAGUCCGCUUCAACGAGGCCCAGCUCGCCAUGGACGAGGUCACGAACCGUGUCCGUGGCAAAGGUUUCCGCGACGAGCUCACCAUCGCCGCCAACGGCUCAGUCACACCGGGCGUAGACGACACCCCCUACCUGCGCUACGCCUUGGAGGCACUGACGCGGGAACAUGGCCACAACUUCUCGCCUCCAUCCAGCGUGCCUUCUCCCGCCGAGAACAAUGGCUACUACCGCGUGGCCGGCUACCUCCCGGACAACCUUGAGAGCCCGCAGAUUAGCGGCGAGCCUGAAGGCGGUUUCACUCCGAUGGUCCCCGUCCCCAGUCACGCUCGGGACUCGUUCCUUCGCCAGUCCCGUCCCCAGUCGCACGGCGGCGAGCGUCCAUCCAUGUCUCUGGGCACCCGAAUCAUCUCCAUGUCGCCGCCGCACUCAGCCGACUCCAGGUAUCAUCACAAUCAGGAACAGGUCCCCCUCGCCGAGUCCACACCAAAGUGGCUUCCCAUCAGCGAAAAGGAGAGCGUGUUUCCGGGCAUGACGAAGAUCGACACGAUUGACGAGGACCGCGUGAAGUUUCCCCGUCUCACCUACGUGCCCGCGAUCCUCAGGCUUCCCUCCAUGAUCAUGCUCAUGGUGCUGUGCGUGGCAAUGGUUGCUUGUCUCAUCGUCGCUGCCAUCUACUCGCCGAUCCAGCCCGGCUUGCUCACAUAUGGCGAGACCAUCUACAGCGGCAAGUACUUCUUGUUCCGCCUUCUGCCGCAAAUCAUCGCCGCCGCCAUCUUCGUGUACACGCAGUGUGUUGCGACGACCACACUGCGAAUCCUGCCUUUUGUGGCAUUGACCGAAGACGAGCCCCUGCGGAGACGAAAUGCCCUCUUCCAGGACCUCUACCCCAAGACGUUCCUUCUCCCCCAGCUCGCCGGACCCGUCCAAGUCAAGAUCGCUCUGGUGAUCUUGUGGCUUGGCGCUUUCACGAUCCCCCUUGCGAGCGCCUCCUUCACCGUCAUCCUCAACAAACAAGUCUGGUACUGGACCGCCGUCCAGGGCGUCGUCUGGACGCUGGUGGGCCUUUAUGUCCUCGUCAUCGGUGCCGUGGUCCUCCUGAUGCUCUUCUGGCAUAACCGCGUGACAGGGCUCAUUUGGGACCCCAGAUCCAUCGCCGACUUCUCCGUCAUGAUCAGCAGGAGCAACACGCGCGAGUCCUACCGCGGGUCAGAGGUUGCCGAGAACCGCAACAUGCUGCGCAGGAUCUUGCGAAACCGCCUCGUCGACAGACUUGGGUAUUGGAUGACGGAUAACAACCAGGAGAUGCCCUGGUACGGCCUCGGCACCGAGCACUCUCAGGGCAACAAGCCCUCCGAGCACUAUGACCUCAAGAACGAGUCGGACCGACUGUCCGUCACCUCCCACCUUAUCAACGAAGGCCAGGACGACUAUAUCCGGAACCUCUACCUUCCCUGGUGCCUGCGCACCGGCCAGGUUCUCUUCUUCGUCGUCGCCGCCACCGUCCUCCUCAUCGCCCUCUUUGUGGUAUCUUUCCUCAACCGGACCAGUCUUAUUGUGGGCUUCCGGCCGGGCGUUCCCGCGGCCCCUACCACUGAUGCCUUCUCCGCCGCCAACUUCCUCUACAGCUUUGUCCCGAGCUUUAUCGGUCUGCUCCUAUACCUCGCCUUCCAGUCCCUCGAGCUGUACAUCCGGAUCCUCCAGCCCUGGGCCGACCUCGGCGCCAAGGACGGCGCCCCGGCCUGCCGCUCCGUCCUCGCCGACUACGCCGCCUGCCUACCCCUCCAAUCCACUCUCCACGCCAUCCGCAACGGCCACUGGCGCGUCGCCGCCCUCUCGCUCCUCACUUUCGUCCUGGCCUUCCUCCCCGCCCUCGGUGGCGGCCUCUUCAUGGCCCUCACUGCUCCCUCGGGCGUCCGCAUGUUCCCCAACGUGCCCGUCUUCGGCGUCAUCCUCGCCCUCCUCGUCCUCUACCUCCUCGGCCUCGUCUCCCUACUCUUUAGACGCAACCAGUAUCGCCUCCCGCACGCCGUCACCUGCCCCGCCGAGAUCUUCUCGUUCUUGACGAACGAGGACAACGCCCAGGACCCGGCUUUCCAGGCCGUUCCCCGCUCCAAGGAGAAGCUGCGCGUCUACCUCGGUGCGGGGCCCGGGUCGACGACCCCCGCGGCGCAGAGCACGUGGAUGUUUGGGUACUGGCCCGGCCGCGACGAGAGACGGCUCGGCGUCCGGAGGCAGAAGCGCUUCACGGAGCGCAAGUCGUUUCAUGAGCGGGCACCGUCGCGCCCUUCCAUGAUUUAA